CACCCCACAAACAUUUCACUUCUUUCUCCCUCAAUUUAUCCGCUCUAGUCUCGUUCUAAGUAUGCUCUGUGGUUGCGGCUAAGUUCGAUCUUCCACAUCAGAAAGAAUUACUAGAGUUUGACCCUAAAGCCCCCAUCCCGCUAAGUUCCCGUCCCUUACAAACCUAAAAUUGUCGAACCUCUGUCCGGCCUACGCCAAAAAAUGGACGAAGAGGCUCUUCGUGUAGGUUUUUGGUUUAUGAAUUUUUUUUAAUCGAAACAAUUUGAUUUUUUUUUAUCAAAACAAUCUCUGAUUUCAUUACUUUUUUAUAGAUGGGUGCCGAGAUAUACGAUCCUCGAUUGUAUAUCCAUUAUGGCCCAAGGGAUGCGAGUCUCUUAACCGAUCAAGAAGCUCAUCGCUCCCGUGCUAUUUGGGAUAACAAUCCGGAAUCUCUUGUUACCGUGGUUCAUAAAGGGACCAAUAACUUGCCCGCUUGGCAUCCAAGGUUGGAGCCCUACAUAGCGAGGACCGGUUUGGGAAUGUUGCGCCAUUUCUUGCGGAUCGAGAUCGACAACGAUAUGCUUACGGCAAUGGCGGAACGAUGGCGUCCCGAAACCCAUACAUUCCACCUUCCGGAGGGGGAAAUGACGAUCACCCUCAAAGACGUGGCGAUCCUCACCGGGCUUCCUAUUUCUGGAGAUGCAAUCAUUGGUUCCACGACCAAACCCGAAGGAGGUUGGGGGCCGCUCAUACGUGAUCGUUUGGGCUUCGACAUGCCGACCACCACACCAAUUCAAGGACGGGGGCAUCCACCGUUGAAUGCGGGGCAAGUGUCGGUCCCGUGGCUGGUAUCUCACAUCCAGCAAGAGGUGGAAAUCAAUGACGAGACACCGGAAGAACAAGUCGAGCGCUACGCCCGCAUCUACCUCAUCGGUUUGGUGGGUGGAUUUUUGUUCCCUGACAAGUCCAACCGGUGGAUUCAAGGCAUAUGGUUGCCAUUGCUCACUGGUGACUGGGAUGCAAUUGGAGAGAAGAGUUGGGGAUCGGCCGUGCUAGCGAGCGUAUACCGGGAGCUGUGUACUUGCUCGAAGGUUGGGGCAAAGCAAGCUGGUGCUGCGAUGUUCAUCCUGCAACUGUGGGUAUGGGAGCAUCUCCCGAUGUUCGCACCUCUCGACCCACGUCCAUACCGGAGAAACGAUGAUGAACUCAACUUUCUGCAAAAUCUCCCCUACGGUGUCAAGUAAGUUUAUUUCGUACUUAGCCCAAUUUAAUUUUGAUUGCAUGCUUAGCUAGAUUUAAAUUGAAUUUAUUCCGUACUUAGCCCAAUUUAAUUUUGAUUGCAUGCUUAGCUAGAUUUAAAUUUUAUUUAUUACGUACUUAGACCAAUUUAAUUUAUUAUAUGCUUAGCUAUAUUUCAACUAAAUUGAUUCCGUACUU